CUGAAGAUCCCAGUGCUAAAAGGUCCCUCGACUGCCCUCUUCCGUAAUCCAAUUCCCUGUCGAAACCUCAAAGCACGCAAGCACCAAAAAAGUGCGCCCCAAGCAUCUCCAAGCACCCAAGCGUCCACUCGACCUCCUCUUCUCGCCCAUCAAUCUCCCUCUUGUCUUAGCCACUCCGAUGAUGUGAUGGUAUAGAUCUGGAAUGAUCCCCGGUCUCAAAUCUCCUUUGUUUUCUUCUGGAGACACUACCUGAGGUCGUCGCAAUCCGCCCAUUCCGAGUAUAAGAAUCGCAGUGGGGGAGAUCCUUUGUCAGGACACAAAGGCGCAUAUCUUCAACGACCGAACACUCACGGCACCCCACGAUCCUCGACCGGCUCUCUGACCGCGAGGAAAAUAAAUAAAACAUACCAGGCUCUUCAAAGGGACCUGUACAGACUAUUGGGAUCACUGCAGGAGCUGGCCUUCUGUCUAGACCACCGGUCGCUAUAGAAAUUUAAUUAACAAAAAGUAAUAAUACACCGUCCACGGACACACAACACAUUGCAAGCGAACAUACACCGAAUAUCCUGCCACCAUGGCUCCUACAUACACUCCCGUCGCAUCCGACGACACCGUCGAGACCCUCUUGGCCGCUCCCCCACAGCUCGCCGUCACCACGCUCCGGUGCGGGGGAAUGACAUGCGGCGCAUGCACAUCAGCAGUCGAAGCCGGAGUAGAGGGUCUACCCGGCGUCCAGAGCGUCUCUGUCAGCUUGAUCAUGGAGAGAGUUGUUGUGAACCACGACCCGUCGAAAACAUCAGCGGAGAAAAUCGCAGAGGCUAUUGAGGACCGUGGGUUCGAUGCGGAGGUCUUGACGACCGAUGUAAGGACGCCCACAUACGACAAGGCUCCCCCAUACGACUCGAUAGAGGAGAGCGAAGUCGGAGCGCAAACUACAACGACCACAAUUGCGGUUGAGGGCAUGACCUGCGGUGCGUGUACGUCAGCUGUCGAGGGGGGCUUCACGGAUGUUCCAGGAGUGAAGCACUUCAGUAUAUCAUUAUUAGCGGAACGCGCUGUUAUCGAGCACGAUGCGACGAUAUUAAGCGCAGCACAAAUUGCAGAAACUAUCGAGGAUAGGGGCUUUGGGGCUACCAUCAUUGACAGCCAAUUGUCGACACCGAAGCAUGCGGUAGCGCAUAGUGCCAACGAGACCCAGGUCGCGACGACUACGGUGGAGGUUCAAGGAAUGACCUGCGGCGCGUGUACGUCGGCAGUUGAAGGCGGGUUCCAGGACCUUGAGGGGCUCGUUCAGUUCAAUAUCAGUUUACUGGCUGAACGUGCUGUUAUUGUCCACGACCCGGCAAAGUUAUCGCCGGAGAAGAUUGCAGAAAUUAUUGAAGACCGUGGCUUUGAUGCUAGGAUAUUGUCAACAACUAUUGGAACCUCAGAGCAAUCGAACGGCAUAUCGAGUCAAUUUAAGGUCUUUGGGCUGAGAGAUGCAGCUGCGGCAAACGGGCUCGAAUCUGCGCUACGUGCGAUACCUGGAGUCACGUCUGCGUCAGUUAGCAUAUCCACCUCGCGGCUUAUUGUCAACCACAAGCCACGCAUUGUAGGUUUGCGAGCACUGGUUGAGAAAAUCGAGUCUCUCGGUUUCAACGCGCUCAUAGCCGACAACGAUGACAACAACGCACAACUAGAGUCCCUCGCCAAGACGAAGGAAAUCGCUGAAUGGCGCAGCGCCUUCAGGACCUCGUUAUGCUUUGCGAUCCCAGUAUUCCUGAUCAGCAUGAUCAUCCCUAUGUUCCUCAAGCCGAUCGACUUCGGCAAAAUCCUGUUGUACUUCCCAGGGCUGUACCUUGGCGAUGUUGUCUGCUUGAUUCUCACGGUCCCGGUGCAAUUCGGUGUCGGGAAACGCUUCUACAUCUCGGCCUACAAGGGUUUGAAGCAUAGGGCUCCGACUAUGGAUUUGUUGGUGGUGAUGGGUACUUCCGCGGCAUUCUUCUUCAGCGUUGCUUCGAUGCUCGUGUCGAUCUUGUGUCCUCCUCACACACGACCGAGUAUUCUGUUUGAUACCAGUACUAUGCUUUUCACCUUUGUUUCUCUCGGUCGAUUCUUGGAAAACAGGGCCAAGGGCCAGACUUCGAAAGCGCUGUCCACGCUCAUGUCUCUUGCGCCAUCAAUGGCAACUAUUUACGCCGACCCGAUCGCAGCAGAGAAGGCGGCCGAGAACUGGAACAAAGAUAAGAAUGAAGAGUCUGCAUCGGAUAGUACUGCGUCAGAAGAGAAAGUCAUUCCCACUGAGUUGCUUGAAAUGGGCGAUGUUGUCAUUCUUCGCCCUGGAGACAAGAUCCCAGCUGAUGGGGUCGUCACCAACGGCGAGACUUACGUCGAUGAGAGUAUGGUUACUGGCGAGGCUAUGCCGAUUCAAAAAUCAAAGGGCAGCAUGCUGAGCGCCGGAACCGUCAAUGGUGCUGGAAGAGUAGACUUCAGAGUCACCAAGGCCGGACGAGACACCCAACUAAGUCAAAUCGUGAAGUUAGUCCAGAGCGCACAAACUAGCCGCGCCCCCAUCCAGCGCCUGGCAGAUACCAUCGCCGGCUACUUCGUGCCUUGUAUCUUAGUCCUCGGCAUAUCGACCUUCUCCGUCUGGAUGAUCCUAAGCCACGUCAUGCACGACCCGCCCAAGGUCUUCGUCGACGAAGCCAGCGGCGGCAGACUCAUGGUCUGCGUCAAACUCUGCAUCUCCGUCAUCGUCUUCGCCUGCCCCUGCGCCCUCGGCCUCGCGACACCCACCGCCGUCAUGGUUGGCACCGGCGUCGGCGCCGAGCGCGGGAUCCUCGUUAAAGGCGGCGCGGCUCUCGAGACUGCUACUACCAUCACGCAGGUCGUACUCGAUAAGACCGGCACCCUCACGAUGGGCAAGAUGAGCGUUGCGGAAGCUAAACUCGAACCUGAGUGGGAGAACAGCGACGCAAAAAAGAAACUAUGGUGGUCCGCUAUUGGGCUGGCGGAAAUGGGCAGCGAACACCCCAUCGGGAAAGCCAUCGUGGCCGCCGCCAGGACAUCCCUCCAACUCGGCCCCUCCGACGCCGUCGACGGCUCCAUCGGUGAUUUCCAACCCGUCGUCGGUCUCGGGAUCAACGCCCUCGUCGAGCCCGCCUCCGCCUCCCGCACGCGCUACAGGGUGCUCAUCGGCUCCGUCCGCUUCCUCCGCUCUCACUCCGUCGACGUGCCGAAAUCAGCAAUCACAGCUUCGGAAGAUAUCAACGCCCUCGCCACCACAUCUUCUAAACCCACUGGGUCGUCAGGAACAACAAAUAUCUUCACCGCCAUCGACGGCAUCUACACCGGCCACAUCUGCCUCGCCGACACGCUCAAACCCUCCGCCGCCGCGGCCGUCGCAGCUCUACACCGCAUGCGCAUCAAAACCGCCAUCGUAACCGGUGACCAGCGCUCCACCGCCCUCGCCGUCGCGCGCGCCGUCGGCAUCCCCGCCGAGCACGUCUACGCCGGUGUCUCACCGGACCAAAAACAAGAACUGAUCAAGAAAUUCCAAGCCGCCGGCGAAGUAGUCGCCAUGGUCGGCGACGGGAUCAAUGACUCCCCCGCCUUGGCUACGGCUGAUAUCGGUAUCGCGAUGGCGUCUGGGACGGAUGUGGCUAUGGAGGCGGCGGAUAUUGUGCUCAUGCGACCGAAUGAUUUGAUGGAUGUUCCUGGGGCGAUUGCGUUGGCGAAGGGGAUCUUUGGGAGGAUUAAACUCAAUCUUGCUUGGGCUUGUGGGUAUAACCUUGUUGGGUUGCCGUUUGCGAUGGGGGUGUUCUUGCCGUGGGGGAUGCAUCUUCAUCCCAUGGCGGCGGGGGCGGCGAUGGCGUGUAGUAGUGUUAGUGUGGUGUGUAGUAGUCUUUUGUUGAAGUUUUGGAGGAGGCCGGGGUGGAUGGAUGAUAUGGAGGUGGAGGGGAAGGGGGGGAUUGUGAAGAAGGGGAGUUGGGGGGUGGUGGGGAGGGUGAGGGAGUGGGUUGGGGCUAUUGGGGGGAGGGGGGGGAGGAAGGAGGAGGGGGGUUAUGUGCCGUUGAGUACGUUGGAGGAGGGGGGGGUUGUUUGA